AAGGUCUACUACACCUGUUGUGUUCGGCGCAUGUGACAACUAUAAUUUAUUUUAAUCUACUCACUUUCGCUCGCCGAUUCAUGGACCGUCUAUAUCCGGGUUGCAUCCGGUUUACAGCACCCAACUUCACACACACAUUAGCACUCAGUGCGCACAGGGAGCAGCGUGAGCUGCAACAUCAUCACAUCAUCCAAAAACAUGGCAAACAUUAGAUGAAUAUAAAAUGUUAAUAUCUUCGACUGUGAGUGAUGUUUGCACAAAGUGAUAACCAAAGUGUCUUAUUAGGAAUUUUGAAAUCUAACUUCUCUAUGUUCAAUACCGGAACCCUGGCACCUUGCUCGCUCAUCGCAAUGGUGUGUUCGAGCAGUAAGGAUAGCGAAGCUGACUGUAGACAUAAGUUGGCGAGGUGCAUCUGUGGCAGCCGAAAGUCUGUCACUGUAGUCUAAAGUGGUUUUCCAACAGCAAGACUCAGAUCAACAUGGCAGUGUCAACAUAGCUGCCAUUGUAUGUCUAACAAUGCCACUGCAGCCUCCAGGAGAGGAGUCUUCCAAGCUCAUGGUGAUGGUGAAGAAGAGUCUAAACAACCCAGUCAUAGCUAUAUGCUGAGUGACUUUGACUCAGACCCCAGCACAGACCCUGGAUCUGAGACUGACCCUGACAGUGAAGAAGCAGAGAGUGAAGCAGAGUUAGACAGAGCACCAGACACACAUAAAGAGAGUGCCACAACUGGUCUAGAUCUCACUGAAUUGAGAGAUGUAGGUAAAGGCCCACAGACCAAUGUCUAUAAAGAAGAGGCGUACAUAAGUACUACACACACCCAGCCUAAAACCAAAGGAGAGCUCCACAUUCACUCUGUGUUGGAGUGUGGGAGUGAGGUGAUGACGUGCCAGUUCAACAAUGAAGGGACUCUGUUGGCUGUUGGUCUGAGUGACGGAGCCAUCAAGCUCUACAGUAUGGACAAUGGGAAUUUUUUACAGACACUAAGGGACAGCAGCAGCAUUCUGUCCUCUCUACCAGUUACUGCACUACGAUUCACUCUGAGCUCCCAGUCACGUUGUCUCCUGCUGGCUACCUAUGCCAGCGGCAUUGUGAGGAGCUGGUACGUGUGGGGAGGAGAGUGUUUGUGGGGGGUGAGAGACGUGGGGGAGACUGGAGGUGGAGAGGGAGGAGUUGGACAGAGACAGACCCUCUCGCUCUCCGUCUCCGCCUCUGGAGAGAAAGCAGCCACAGGGGGGUCCGACUCAGCCAUUCAUCUGUAUGACCUCUCCACUCACCAGAGACUGAUGACCUGCAAGGCCAGCUCCACAAGAACAGUUAUGGAUGGACAUUGUUUUCGGGUCUUCGCAGUGACUUUUCACCCAGAGAUGGAGAGAGAAUUCAUCUCUGGGGGUUGGGACAACACCAUACAGUUUUGGGAUACCAGACAGCAGCACUCUGUCAGGAUGCUUUCGGGUCCUCACGUGUGUGGUGAUACGCUUCAGAUCGAUCCAGCUGUCAACCACAUCCUGUCUGGCUCCUGGAGGAGGGACAACGCACUGGAGAUCUGGGAUUAUGUCUCAGGUCAGAAAGUGACUGAAGUGCCUAAUGACUACCAAGGAGAGAGCAAAAUCUACACAUGCCAUUGGCUUGGCCAGGAUCAUAUCGUGGCAGCUGGCAGCCAAUCAAAUAUGCUGAGAGUCAUUAACAGGUGGACUAUGACGACUGAGUCCAGGUUGCUGGGCCUCUCCUCGGCCGUGUUCGGCUCGUCCGUGUGUCUGGCGGGGAAGUGGACAGGCCUGAUCGCAGCCACUUCUGGGACCAGUGUGUAUCUGCUGGAGCGAGAUGGUCAGCAGCAUUCCAAAAAGUAGGGCCUCCAAGGAGAAAUGAUGUUACAUUCAACGGCGCCGUUCGGUUGUCGGUCGCUGUGUGUUUAACGCACGCAGAACAUUACGUUUUUGUUUACAUGUCCUGAAUGUAAAGAUGUAAACUUGUUUUAGUAAAAAAAUAAAUAAUAAUAAUUCUAAAACAUUUUUUUUUUGGUGCACACGGAUUACUUAACUCAAAUGUAACGCAAGAGGUACCAAAUUAUUUAAUGUUGUAUUCAUAUAUUUGCUAACGCUCUUCAACAUUCAUAUCCUGCAUGGAAGCAACAGUAUUUUGUUUUAGUCUCCCUCUAAACUUACUGUUGUUAAUUCUGCUUUUAUUACUUGAUGUCGAGAUGUUGAGUUACAGAACGUACACUCUUUUUAUAUAUAAGACAUUGAACUAUGUCAUGUGCGGGCGGAUAUAUUUCAACAAUGCAGUGUGAGUACGGACACAUGAGAGCAGACUUUUGUGAAAAAAUGUUGACUGCCAAAGUGCCUGAGGCCUGUUGCUCCAGUCAUUGUCUCACAGGACUAGACAACUAUAGGACUUAAGUCAAAAGUUAACUAACUUUAGGGAGUGUUUGCAAACUAGCAGGCUUCAACGUUUCAUAAGAGGCCAUCCAAGGGAACUGUAAAAUGUGUGUGUGAGCAGGAGAUUAGACAAAGAACAAUGGAAUUUUAAAGCAGCCAUAAUAUAAAAAGUGAAUACUUAUCUAAUUAAACUAAUCUAUGUCAAUCAAAUGUUCUUGUGCUGUCUUUUGUUUAUUUCUUAAUUAGACUAUAGCAACCCGUUUUUACUUGGGAAGUAAAUAGCCGAAGGAAUAUUUGGCUAGCUGCUCUGUUUGGAACAGAUAGUUC